AUGUUGGAAGAAAUAAUCUCUUGUUUCUUGUCAUUGUUUUCUGCAUUAACUUUGGAUGUGCCACAUCUUUCUCGAGAAAUGAACACUAGUACAAGUUCAUCAGAGCAAUGUACACGCUAUGCACGCGAAGAUAGCAUUCACAGAGAGUAUCUUUCGUUUGAAGAAGAGAAUCCACCAGAAUACUAUGUACAGCUUGGGUAUGAACUGCGGAAUAAGCCUACUUAUAUCGAGUCACUUCUCAGAAGUUUAAAGGCGAACGUUACCAUAACCUUAGCUGUACUGCCUUUGGUACUUAUAGGAAUGACUCUUAUAUAUUUUGAUUUAAGAACAACCGAUUUAUGUUCUGAAUGGCGGAAUAAAAACUACACUCUUUCAUUUCAUGUUAAGAGAAUAAGAUUACUCGGCGAAGGAGUUGAAAGAGUAAUAUUUUAUAGCUGGUUUCCCUUGAUUUUGGCUGUUCUAUUUGGUUGGAACGAAUUUAAGCGUCAUUAUUCAACGACGAUCUUGGUGGGCCAACUGGCUGGUUUAGUUAAUACAUUAUAUUUAAGCUUUUUACUCCUAUAUGGUGAUGACGAUUCGGGUCCGAUCAAAAGUUACGACGUCCCAAUCGUUUUAUUAUUUGUUGUCGCUGGUCUCUGGGAAUCUGUGAUUGUGGUGCGCAAAAUUCGACAAAAUCAUCCAACUGUAUCAUACUCGGGUUUCCAUAUUUUCAUGAUUCUUGUAGUGCCUUCAUUGAGCUCCUAUACAAUGGCAAUGUUUUACAAAUUUGCUGUUGUUAAGUGGUUUAAUUCCCUCGAUAAUGCGUUGUAUAGAUUCAUAUUGGCUAUGUUGACACCGACCUUAGCAAUGGUGCCGACCGCUAUAUGUAGGCAUAUGGCAUUAUGGCGUAUUUCAGAGGUUAUCGAACCAGAACGAAGCUUUGCGUUAGUUUUUUUCAUACGGGCAACAUUCAUUACUGUUUAUCGUAUCAUGCAAGCUGAUUUUGAGAAUAUCUGGCUGUUUGUCGGGUUCUCUCUUCUAUCGGGUGUGUCGAGUUUGCUUAAAACAGCGACUGUGGGCAUUCGUGAGAAAGUAUGGGCACGAGUUAUCAGGUUUCUGAACAGAACAUGCUGUACAAGACUUCACCAUUUGCCUGGAAACACACCACAUCAUAGGCGGCUUAAAGCAGACACCGAGAUACAAAAUAUACUUUUUGAGAACAAUUCACUGAUUCUAAGCCAAUCCUAUAUCGUUUUAUAUACGAUUACAAACUUUCAUCUCUCUGAUUGGUCUGUCGUGAAGUCAUCUUUAAUCAGGAUUGCUAUUGGAUUGGGGAUUGAAUUCGUGUUUAACGUUUUGUCUACUUUUAUUCGCAUACAUUGGCAUGAUAUUCCCAUAGCGCGAGUGUGGUCGAAAUACUGGAAACGACAUAUGUUUGCUAACAUUAUCGCUGUUGCAGUUAUGGUAUGCUUCUUUACCAAACCCUUGCUCGCAAUAUUUCAAGAUCGUUUUCAUCAUACCACUGUUACAGGGAAUUAUACUAUUAGAAAUUGCACUCUGCCUUAUGAAAGCUGGCGUUGA